UCUUCUGAAGGCGGUUGUGCUUCGGGGGUGGAUGCGUUCAGACCGCCACUGCAUUGUUUAGAAGCCUCAACGCGUUUUUACCGCAUUUUAAGGACUCUGGGAGAGCAGACCUUGCACUUCAGGCCUCGCAGCAACCAGGAGCAAAAGCAAUUUUGCAACAAAGCGUUCUGGACAGCGGUAAGAUACAGAGCCAGAGCUGCGGCUGCUUCAGGCAAAACGGCGGCGGCAACGCGAGGACUCCGCCUCAGCCAAUCAGACGCAGCGGCCGUUGAGCGCGUGGCGGGCCGUUGGCAGGCUGGCUCCGCUGUGAGGGCCGGGCCUGCAAGCGCGGUUUGCGGUCGGUCAUAAGGGGAAAGCGUGCUCUUGUACGGCACGAACACCUUGAGCUUGGCUUGUUUUCUUGGAGGUGGCCGUGGCUGCCUGCAGGAGAAGUUGCGUGGAUCGCUUCUGAGGAGGCCCCAUCUGCGCCAUGGAGCUGCAGGAGGACCGUGUUAAAAGCAAACAGCAGUGCCUCAUGCACAGUUCCCUGCUCUGCCCUCGUCCGCAGGAAGGCCAGCAAAGCAUCAGCAGGGGCCUUGCAGCGUUAUCAGAGGAAAGCUUGCCUUACUUAAGUACGUCUUUAGAUGCUGAUAUUGACGUGUAUAACGUGAGAAUGAGAACCUGCAGUGCAGAGGUGGAUGAAAGCCAGAAAGAAGCUGAUGUGCUGAGGAGGGCAUGUGGUGGUACACACUGCAGCUGCGGGGUUUGUGAUGGAGGGAGUCACAUCCAUGUGGGUGAAGAUUCACAGCUGGAGUACAUCAGUGCGAAUGAAGAAGGCUUUGAUGAUGGGAAUAGCUCAAGCGAGCUUUCUGAGCAAAGGGAAGCUGUAGGAAUGGAAGCCCUAGUGGCAGUAGAUCCAGUUCAUGACAUUGCAGGUGGUGGAGCUGCAAAAGAACAAAAUCUUGCUGACUCCACUUCUGAGCGUUGUACAGCUGUGCCAGAGCUUCCCCAGCUGCUCCAGGACUCUCUGCCUGUUAACAGUGGCGCGGCUUGUGAUGGUAAAGAGGAGCAGGCAGCAUCUCUCAGUGGUCUUGCUGGAAGUAUGCUUGAAAGUCAUGCAUACAGGAUUAGAGAAAGGAGUUAUCCAAAUCUGCUUGCACGUGACCCUGCAGAGAUGGAAGAUGCUUCCUUACAUGAUGGCACGCAGCCCAAACAGAACGACGGAUGUGUUCACAGCAACUUAGUGGAGCAAGGAAGCCCUUUACUGUCACCAAGGGAAAGGGCCCUAGCAACAGCCACACAGUUCUGCAAAAGUGCAGGGGACUCUGAUUUUUACGGUUGUGAGGAACCCCUCCUGUACAUGUGUGGUGCCAGCUGUGCUUACUGCGCUUCAAAGGGGGAUGAGAACCAGUGUCCAGUCUCUGCAGUUCUCACUAGCAAGGAUCUCUGUUCUGGGGAGGAAGCUGCAGGGAAAUCUUGCAGUGCAAAUACCACUGCCUCCCUCAACUUGGAGUGUUGUGAAAGCUUGGUAAAUGUGGUCAGUAAUUCUAAAGUUAACCAGGCUGUCGAUGCAAGUUCUGACUUUAGAGUUUGCUUUACAACCAGCAGAAGUACCAGUGCUCAAGUUCCUCUCUUAUCCAGGGCAAUUAAUACAGAGAUGACAGUGAUGAACAAAUUCAGACAUGUGGGUUGGCUUGGGGAAACUUGUGCUAGUGUUGCUUGCAGUACAGACUGGCUGUCUGGAACUGGUCCUACAGAGGAAAUGGAGUCACAGAUUGCUGACGUACACCAAGAUGGCAGUGCUGCAGCAAAUGAGAGAAGUUCACAAGUCAAGGAACAGUGGGAGUCCAAAACUGAGUUGUGUAGCAGCGGUUUAAAGGUAAAGGCUGACAGGCCAGCACACCUCAACGAAGAAACUGUAAAGGAUUCUGUGUCUGUCUGUCAAAAUCUACUGCGGAGAGCUAUUGAAGCAGAAUUGCAGGUUCUAAGCAUUCACUAUCAGAUGUGCUAUCGACACUGCUUGAGGAUCUACAAACUGGCUUUGGAGGAAAAUGCAUGUUUUAGCAGAUACCAUGGAAAUACCUGUGCUAAUACUGAAUUAGGUUCCUCUGUCACGUCAGUUUUGGAAGAGCUAAAAAAGAAUUACAGCAGCAUGAGAGCAGAAAUACAAAUGGGCACACCUUUGAGCGCACUUCCACCACUGUCAGUUGAGAUAAAGUUAUUGCCAAUUGUUUCUUCUUAUGUCCCAUGCAAGUUAUUCAGGGAGGAACUUUGCCAUGGUUCUCUUUCAGGCAUGAGAAAAGCAGGUUUUGAAGCUUCAACAUUGCAAGAAAUCAGAACUCCUGUCAACAUGGAGAGUGCACAGACCACGUGUUUAACUGACAGCCAGCAGCCCAGUGACUCUGCUUCUUCCAAGACGUCCCAAGAGCAGCUUAAAGAGCAGGGUGUGCAGCAUGGAUAUGUGAAAAACAAAGAGUGGAAUGAAUGUUGGUUUGAUGCUAAGGAGGACUUCACAGGAACAGACUUUUCAGUAGUAUCUGGAGAAGUGGGCAAGCACCAAGAGAAAGAAGACACGGUUGGUUUAAGAGAAGCAAAGAUAAUGGAGGGUGCAAAUGAGUGCUCCUUUGUUCGUGUUGGUGGCUUGAGUUCUUCAGUGUCAGAGGGUGAUCUGAGAUUGCAUUUCCAGAAGUACCAGAUCUCUGUCCUUCUGCUCUGUGCGGAUUCUGAUAACCACAGAUGCGCAGUUCUUGGCUUUAAAGACACCUCUGCAGCAAAGUUAGCAAUGGAAGAAAUGAACAAGACAAAAAUUAAAGGAAAACCAAUAAGUGUGGAACUUGUCAGUAAUCCAUCAGAGAACAGAUCUUUGGAUUCCCGAAUCCUUGGGAAGAAGCUUUGGAGUGAAGCUGUCUCUGUUGCUAGCAGUGCAAGCAGUGAUCAGAAUGAAGCACUCCCAUCAGCCUCUGGUUCUGUGGGAGCACCUGGCACCUCCCCUGCUUCUCAGAAGGUGCCUCUCCUGCCCAGGGCUUCUUCACCAGCUCCUUGCUCUGCACAGUUGCCUUCAGAAGCAAAGUGCCUCAAAUCCUCUGCUGAAGACUCCGUACGUUUUCUAUUUGCAGUUAAUCAAAAGGAUACUGGAGAAAAUUCCCUGCCAAAAGCACCUGCUGCUCCUCUCUCCACUAAUUCAUUAGAAGCCUUUAUGUCUCCUAACGCAUUGAACUUGAGCAGUUUUGCCAAAUUAAUGAAGAAACUUAAAGACGUUCAUCCAGAAGCUAGUAGAGACAAAAUUGUGGAUGCUCUGCUGGAGGUGAGGAAGAACAAUAAUGGUGUCCUGAGUGGUUUGACCAUCAGUUCCAUUAUGCAAAGGGCCUCUGUAAUCCUAAGGAAACCAAUGCCUGCUGGUACAGGGAAAGCAGCGUCAAUCAAUGAUUUAAUGAAGAACUGAACACUUCACGUGACAGAUUUUUGCAGUCCAGCUCGUUCCAGGAUUGUUCUGUAUUUCUUGCUUGUUUGAUUUCAGUAGAGCUUCGUGAAAACUCACUUAGCAUUGCUGUAUGGUUUGCAGUUUUGUAUGACAGUACGUUGCCUGAAGGUCUUUUGAGAGUGGCUUUGUGUACAGGCAGAUGUUAAGUAAUUCUUCCCAGUUUUAUCAUUCAGUGCAUUUCUCCGAGGUUGAAGGCUCCCAUUUCAGCACAACGAGACUUCCCUGAUAGCAGCAGCACUUCUCUCUGCUGAAGCACACAACCCCUGGCUCGUGGUGCUGCUCCAUGUCAGGCACAGCGAUAGCUGCAAUGCUAUCAAGACAACGAUUCCAAAUAUUGUGCAGAAAUGUCAAGUAUCCUUUUCAUACAAGGCAGGGGAGGGACAGGCAGCAAGGCCCAGCUUGGAGAACACGCAGUGCCGGUUACAUAAACCCAGUGCUGCAGUGGCUGCUCGGAGCAGAGCCGUGCCCUGGAGAGCUGAGCCUGUACGGCUUCCCUUUGUACGCUGUAGCACAGUACAGGGGAAUGCCUCUCCCAGCCACGCUGUCCCUGAGUUCUGCUUUGGGUUGAUGCGGAAGCACCCAGCCUUUUGUUUGCGUGUGGAGCUGCUCCCAGGGUUUUCCAUCCUCUCCUGACAGCUUAGGCGUGUGCCUGCCGUGGGAAGCUAGCACCGACAGCCUCUGACAGGCGAGUGCUGUGGUACCACACAUACAUCACACCUCCGUCCCUUGGCUGGACUUUGCCUUAGCUCCUGGCUGCCCGUGCCGCUGAAAGCAGCCUUACCGUGAAUAAAGGUUGAGAUGCCUUCUUCACAGAGUUGUGCCGCUCUUUUGCUGUUUCCAAAUCUCACCCAUUUUGUCUCCCCUCAACAGAACCGUGGUGGCAAACACUUCCCAAGGCCCGGCGCUGCGCUGCCAGGCGCUGCUGCUGGUUCGUCCUGAAGCUGCAGGUCAGGCCACCGCUUUGCUUUCCCCCCCGCGUGCACCCAGCUGAGCGCAGCGGCGGGCUUUGCCCUAGCGCACUGCUAACGGCACACGCUGCCUUCUGCGCUCCCUAGUUGUGCAAUUAGAUGGGCGCGAUGCUUUCCAGAGGGCGGUGUGCUGCUGCGAGGAGCUAGAGGGAUGUCUGUAACAGAGCGAUUCCCGAGGAGCCGCGGCUGGGCUGCAGGUGGAGCUGUGCGAACUCGCUUGAUUUCUGCUAACGCGAAACAAGCACACGAAGGACGGGUACGAUCGCGCCGCAGCUCCCG